UUUCACUCUUUCCAUUUGAGUUGCACUAAUCGAAUCAUAGUGAAAAAUGGCAGAGCAAGCUGAGCUUUCAGAGCACAAAGAAGAAUCUUUAAUGGACAAAAUAGCCGACAAGAUUCACUUCGACCGUUCUGAUUCCGAUUCCGAUUCCGAGAAGAAGCUGGCGGCUGCGCAGGAACAGUCACCAGCUUCAGUUAAGGAUAAGAUUUGGCGGCUUUUUGGAAGAGAAAAUCCUGUUCACCAUGUUCUUGGUGGAGGCAAACCUGCUGAUGUAUUCUUGUGGAGAAACAAGAAGAUAUCUGCUAGUGUACUUGGUGGAGCAACUGCAAUUUGGGUUCUUUUUGAAUUGCUCGAGUACUACCUGCUUGGUCUAGUCUGUCACCUUUUGAUCUUCACCCUUGCUAUCUUAUUCUUGUGGUCUAAUGCAACAACCUUUAUUAACAAGAAACGUCCACAUAUCCCAGAAGUUCACCUUCCAGAGGAGCCGAUCCUUGAGAUCGCUUCUGCUCUGAGUAUUGAAAUUAACCGCGCUUUUAGCGUGUUGCGAGAAAUUGCAUCUGGGAGAGAUCUGAAGAAGUUCCUUGCUAUCGUUGCUGGUUUAUGGGUCCUCGCAGUUGUCGGCAGUUGCUGCAACUUUCUGACACUGUUCUACAUAUCAUUUGUACUCCUCCAUACAGUUCCUGUUCUUUACGAGAAGUAUGAAGAUAAAGUGGAUCCAUUAGCUGAGAAAGCAACACAGGAGAUCAAGAAACAAUAUGCAGUCUUUGAUGCCAAGGUUUUGAGUAAAAUUCCCAUAGGGCCAUUAAAAGAUAAGAAAAAAGAGUAAUUGUGAUGAGCUAUUUGUCCGGUAGGAUUAUUCUGAUUGCCUGAGUUUUUAGAAUUCUACUAUUUUACUAUUUCUUGUGUUUACAUAGGCCUUUAGGCAUCUUACUUAUUUGCUUUUGGAACUUUUUAUUGCCUUCUGUGGGUCUCUACUUGCCUUUAUAUUGAAAGCCGGCAGGAUUUAGUUUAUGGACCUUGUAUCAUUGUACUGUUAGCUGCAUUUUUCUCAACAUAAGGUAGAUGUUUUAUUGAAUUA